AUGGACUUGUUUUAUUUGUCAUGCCAGUCUCAGCACAUCUCAGGAAUCAGCAGGACUAUCGAUACCAUCUGCUAUUCCAGGCCCUUCAACUUCUUCAGCAUUGGGGCCAACGUUGAUGCCAUCAACACCCUUGAUGAAAUGAAGAAGGAAUUAGAAUGGAGAAGGGCUCGGAACAAUUCAGAUGACAUCACUCUUAAUGGAGUUACAGCCCACCCCAACCUCCACAUUUCUGGGGAUAAGAAGAGUUUUACACAUGAAGCCCAACCUCAGAAAGUUCCUCCAGCUCCAGAGAGGUUCGAUUCAACUGUCUGUGUGUUGGGCUCUGAAGGAUUCUCCUCUGGAAAGCACUACUGGGAGGUGGAGGUUGUGAGCAGCACUGACUGGGACCUGGGAGUGGCCAGAAAGUCAAUACAAAGAAAAGGAAAACUUUCUUUGUCUCAUAAAGAGGGAUUCUGGGCUCUGGGUCUGAGUGGGAGAGAUUAUUGGGCAAAAACAGACCCAUGGACCCGGGUCAUGGUGCAGAAAAAGCCCAAGAAAAUUGGAGUUUACCUUAGUUACCAACAGGGGCAGGUGACUUUUUUCAAUGUAACUGACAUGUCUGUGUUGUUCACAUUUAAUGAAUGUUCAUUCUCAGGAGAGAUUUAUCCAUUCUUUAAAAAUUCACACAAAGAAACAUCAAUGAGAAUUUGUUCAAUUAAAGAGGAAUAAAUAUAACAUGACACUGAUGCUGAUUUUAUA